AUGGGCACCACGUUGCAUAGCGUUCGUGUCGCCGUCUGGGGUGAAGCCCCAGACACUCCUGAGGAGCGCAAGCUUCUUCGGAAAAUAGACUUCUUCAUUCUGACAUACUGCUGCGUUGCGUUUUUCUUCAACUACCUCGACCGUGCUGUGCUGGGAAAUGCGUAUGUAUCCGGCAUGAAAGAAGACCUCAACCUCACAGGCAAUGAGUACAACAUUCUGGUUACUGUUCUCUCUGUUGGAUAUAUUAUUGGACAGGUUCCUCAUGGCCUUGUGAUCCAGAAAGUCCGCCCACGCAUAUGGUUCCCGCUCAUGACUCUUGUGUGGGCACUCCUCACCAUGGCAUGCGCAGCUUGCAACUCCUUCGGCCACCUCGUGCCCGUGCGAUUUUUUCAAGGCAUUGCUGAAGCGUCGACGUACAGUGGCACACAGUACAUCAUCGGUAGUUGGUACAAGGGACCGGAAGUCGGAAAGCGAGUUGGCCUGUUCCAGGCUUCUGGAAUGGUUGGGACAAUGUUCGCUGGUAUUCUCAUGACUGCUAUUUAUAACACCAUGAACGGCGUUUCGGGGUUGGCUGGUUGGAGAUGGUCUUUCAUCAUUGACGGCAUUAUCACCAUACCGGUCGCUGUCUUUGGAUACUACUUUUUCCCCGACUUGCCCGAGACGACCCAGGCAUUUUAUCUAAAACCCCAUGAGAAACAGCUUGCCCUGUCCCGUCUUCCCCCCAAGAAUCCAGAGGGUCACAAUAUUGGUCCCUCUCUGAUCAAGAGGGUCCUGUUUGCGCCGAAUUUUUGGAUCUUUACCAUUUUUUGGACCCUGGGAGGAGCUCUCGAAGCGUUCUCUACUCAGACCUGCAUGGUCCUCUGGAUGAAAGCAUCCAAGCUCUUUACAGUCCCACAAAACAACACCUACCCAUUGGGGAUAACAGCCAUCGGCAUCUUUCUAACGCUUUUGACCUCAAUCUUAAUCGACGCUACAGGCGUUCAUGGUCCGUACGGCUUGAUUGCUUGCGGUGUUCAACUAGUCACUUGCGUAAUCAUUCUGUGUUGGGACCUUGUCGGCACCCAAGCCAAGAUGGCAGGAUUUUAUUUGGCUGGAACUGCCUACCUUAUCCAACCCGUUGUCUUCACGUGGGCAAACAAGGUACUCGCAAGAGAUGGUGACGACGCUGCACGCGCUGUGAUUCUAUAUGCAAUGAACGGGUCAUCCUCGGUUUUAUUUUCUUUCUGGGGAAUCGCCCUUUACCCUGCCACCGAUGCCGCUACAGGAUUUCGGAAAGGUGCUAUUGCCAUGGUCGUUGUCUCCAUCCUCCUCGCCGCUUGGAUUGGUGUCGUUUGGUGGCAAGAUAGAAGGACUCAAGUGCCGGAAAUUACUCAAGGCGAGCUUGAGAACAAGAUUGAGGAAGGUGCAGAGAUGGAAGUCACAAAUGUUAAAGAUGGGCAUGUCAAGAAUUAA